UCUUUUGCUAUUAUAUCCAGGGGGACAUGAAUGUGCAGAAACAGGACUGACUGGUUUCACACGCUCUUUUGCUUUAGACCGAGCCUCUCUCUUCAUUAUCGUCAACCACAACAGCCCGCCUGCACACAAGCGAGGGCGGGAGGGAGGAGACAGCCCUCACACCCCCCAGGAGCAGCACCGGGCAUUGAGGGCAAGCCUCAAAAAGGCCGCCAGCGGGAUCCUGAGGGAGGGAAGCGCCGCCGCUUCUAGCCGCACAGAGCCAAGGGUCGGAGGCGCAGCGAUGACUCUGGUGCUGCCCCUGAGCAGCUUCUGCGAGCCCAUUGUCUCCUCCGAAGGAGCCGCCGAGUACCCGCCGCCGCUGUGGGAGUCGCGCUGCUGCACCAAGAGCAGCCCCGCCUCAGAUGCGGCCGCCAGCGGCAGCAGCAGCCAGGGCCAGGCGCAGCAGCCUCCGGGCGACGGCAGGACGGCAGCGGGGCAGCCUCCGGAGUCAGGAUCACACCACAGAGGAAUUUCAAAUCCUACAGCAACAUCCAAGAUCACAUACUUUAAAAGGAAAUAUGUGGAAGAGGAGGACUUUCAUCCACCACUCACCAGCUGUACACCCAAAACAAUCUCUGUCUUUGAGGAACGGGCACAUAUCCUUUAUAUGUCUUUGGAAAAACUAAAAUAUAUCGAUGACCCCGAAGUCUACCUAAGGCGAUCUGUUCUCAUAAACAAUUUAAUGAAGAGAAUUCAUGGGGAAAUUAUCAUGCAAAACAACUGGUGUUUCCCCACUUGCUCUUUUGGUGGAGCCUCAGCCCAAGAAUGGUUCGUGUCUCAUGACUGUCCUUACAGGAAACGCCUUCGGAUGGCAAGGGAGGACUGUGAAAAGAUCCACACCUGCUGCCUUUAUCAAGACUGUGGCAACCACUAUUUGAGUUUACCAUUAUCUACAAAUUCUGCAGUGGGAAAUUCCUCUUCUUCUUCUUCCUCCUCUCCUUCUAUAUCUUUGCCAAGCUGUUCCCAGCAAGUGGAAUAUGAUGUAAGCGGCACCCCUGCUUACCGGAGUGACGAUCAGAUACACGCCAAUGAAAUUUUCAUUACUAGUGCUGGGCCGCAUGGUAAAGCAGUGUCAAGUAAUGAAAAAGGAGGUGAUGAACUGGAACGAGAACGGGCUGCAGACUGGGAACCAAUGAAAAGUGAUCAGGGCACUGAAUGUAAAAGUAAAUAUUUUGAUUAUUUUGAUACAGGACGUGGUGACAGGAGCAACGUGAAUGAAUCUUGGAAGAAAUCCUUACGAAAAAGGGAGUUCUUACCAGGUGGCAAAAUAUGUUGCAGUAAAGGAAGUAAAAUAUGAAACAUGUUUCCACCUAUUGCAGUUCUGAAGCAUGCACAACAUGUUCUGUUUAUCAAACAUGGUUUCAUUCCGGAUGGAUUUUCUUACAGCUUUGUACUACCAAUACAAUCAUGUAUUCAUGGAUAGUUUUUAAUGACUGGUGAACAGAUUGCAUCAAAGCGUAUGUAUGGUCUGCAUCACAGAGCUAUUUAUAAAUAUAAGGAGUCUUCAUCAAGAGCACAGUUGAACUGCAGUGUAUGAACAGAUUUUAACUUUUGUUGCUGAAAGAACCAAUCAACCAGAUAAAGGAAACAUGACCCUUCCCACAGGGGAGGCCAACAUGAAUUAGGAAGAAUCUCCUUUAUGCUUAUCAGUGGAUUAUAUAUUUGAUAAACAAAUUGUUACCAGCAAAGGAGGGGGAGGGGUCUGUGUCUUGCCCAACAAUAAUUGCUAUCAGUAAGACCGGAUGUCAUUGAAGAAUAAGCCUAUGUUAUGGGCCAGCAUUAAAACGACUCCAGUUAUUAAGUGUCUGGAUCAGUCAGCCAAGUAGGGUGCAAUAAACACCUUUGCAUGAAAUUGUUAUCGGAAGUACUAUGUGCAGAUACAGCACAUGUACAGGUUUUUUCAGCAAAGUUGCAAGAAUGAACAAAUGAGCCUCAUGGUAGUUUAUUGCUAUACAGGGCAGAGUUUCUUUGGUGCCUUACUUUUUAUCUUACAUUUUCCAGGGUGAAAAUUAAGUUUAAAAAACAGUGCUACAGCAGGGAUGUAACCUAAACAGGAAAAAAAAACAUAAUAACAGGGUGGUUCAAAUAUUAUUAGAAACCUGUAUCCUUUGAAAUACUGAGUUUGAUUUCCUA